UUGAAGAGAUGAAGAGUUCAGUUUUAGCUUGUUUUGUGUGCGUUCUAGCAAAUUUUUAUAUUGAGUGUAAUAGUGAGGUUGAAUUUAGAAAAUAUACCGAUUAUUUCGAUGAUCAAUUUGAUUCACUGGAGAGCUUUCAAGGCUACCAGCCUCGUGAGCAAACUUUCAGAUAUGUAUCCAGCGAAGAAAUUGCUAAAUAUUGUCCAAAUGGAGUGAAAUGUGUUCCCCCAAUUCAAUGUCCUGCUCAUGUUAAUCUACGAAGCAAUGAGAAGCCUCAAAAAUGUCGCCUUUCCUCCAAGAAGUGGGGAUACUGCUGCCUAACGGGGUAUAACCUUACAGUGUCACGACCCGAUAAAUACCGCAAUCAUCAACUUAGAAAUGGCGCUAUGCUUCGAGAAAUCGUAACUGAGGUAAAAAAUAUAGCGGAAAGAAUGAUUAGUCACAGAAGCCAUUCGUUGAGGACAGAUAAUCCGGACUUCCUCCACCACCUUACUUUCCAGUCAACCAAUAGGAACCAUCAAAGAGACGGAAAAAUUUCGAAAUGGGCUCUCGAACAAAUUUUGACUGGACAACUGAUACGUGAAAGAGAGCAGAUGCUACCAGAAGAGGUUUUCGAGUUAACAGAUGUCAGAGAUGAAAACUCAGUUUGCCUACAACCUCCCAAAUGUAAGAAUACCCAAUUGAAAUAUCGAACCGCGGAUGGAAAUUGCAAUAAUCCAUUGCCGGAUAGGAGUUUCUGGGGUGCUGCAGGUCAGCCAAUGGAAAGACUCCUGCUUCCGGCAUAUGAAGAUGGAAUUUGGGCCCCACGACAGCAUUCCGUUGACGGAUCCUUACUUACCAGUCCUAGGACAGUUUCACGAAUAUUAUUUCCUGAUUUUGAUCGUCCACAUAGCUUCAUUAAUUUACUAUUUAUGCAAUUUGGACAGUUCACUACACAUGACUUCACACAAUCUUCUUCAAUUCAAAAUGAUGAUGGCCAACCAAUACAAUGUUGCAAAGAUGAUGGUUCCAGUGUACUUCCUCCAGAAGAGAUGCAUUUUGCUUGUAUGCCCAUAGAGGUUGACGCAGACGAUGAAUUCUACGGCCCUUUCAACCAAGGAUGUAUCAACUUUGUUCGGCUUUCGCUAGCUCCGUAUUUCAAUUGCCGCAUUGGUUUUGGUAAACAAAUUAGUAAAGUAACUCACUUUUUGGAUGCAUCAGGAGUAUAUGGUUCAAGCUUAGAAGUUCAAGGGCUGCUGAGGUCAUUCCAAGAUGGGAAGCUUGAAGUGUUCCCGAGAAUUAAUGGAGAUAUGUUGCCUAUAACAACAAGAAACCAAUCAUGUGGUGGUACCAGUGAAGGCAAAAUUUGCUACUUGUCGGGAGACGGUCGUACAAAUCAGAUAAUUUCAUUAACAUUGCUCCACACAAUGUUCGCACGUGAACACAACAGGAUAGCCAGCAUCUUGGUCCGCAUCAAUCCACACUACUCGGAUGAGCUCCUGUUUCAAGAAGCAAGAAGAGUUCUGAUUGCCGAAAUGCAACACAUCAUCUAUGCUGAGUAUCUUCCACUUUUAGUUGGAAGGUCGGCAAUGGAAAGAUUCAGAUUGUAUCCAGAGAAAAAUGGUUAUACGGUUGAUUACGAUCCCAAUAUUAAUCCGGCAAUAAGGAACGAGUUCUCGGGGGCAGCUUUUCGGUUCGGACACUCAACCGUUGAUGGACACUUCAAGAUGGAAUCUAACGGGAAUGUCGAAGAAAAAAUAGAAAUUCCUGAUGUUAUGUUCGAUCCAGAACGACUGGAACAGGAAGGAUUUCCCGGGGCUUUGAUGCAAACUCUUCUGGUGCAAAAUAUGCAAAAAGCGGAUCAUUCGGUUACACGUGGACUCAGCGUAUUCAUGUUUCGGGGGAGUAAUCCAUUUGGAGUAGACCUGGUUGCAACCAACAUCCAAAGAGGCCGUGAUCAAGGAAUUCGAAGCUACAAUGAUUAUUUGGAGCUCAUUGGCGGAAAAAGGAUAGAAAGUUUUGAUGAAUUUGGUCCUAUGGCAUCCAGGCUCCGCCUAGUCUAUAGGCACCCGGACGACGUUGAUUUGUGGGUUGGCGGCCUUCUUGAAGAUCCUUUCCAAGACGCCGUUGUCGGCCAGUUAUUCGUCGAAAUCAUUGCUGAACAAUUUUCACGUUUCAAAAGAGGUGAUCGAUAUUUUUACAGCAAUCAUCCAAAAAUCAACCCAGGAUAUCUGACUCCUUGCCAAUUACGGGAAAUUCGCAAAGUUACGUUAGCCCGCAUCAUCUGUGAUAAUAUUGAACCUAUCGUAAAUAUUCAACCGUUUGCAUUUUUAACCGGAGAAUUUCCAGGGAACCAACCAGUGAAGUGCCAGAACAUACCGAAAGUUGACUUUUCAUGCUGGAAAUCAUAAGUACAAUUGAAACGUGAGAGAAGGUUUUGUGGUUGCUCCCAAAUAAAAGUCUAUUCGAAUA